AUGUUCAAUAAAAUUAGUUAUCUUCAGAAAAAGCUUCAAAUCACCUUUAAUGGCUAGUAUAAAAAUACUAAAAAAGAUGGUAAAUGGGAUAUAUUUUAUGAAUUUCCUAAACAAUAGAUGUAAAUUAUUCAAAUAUAUUAGUGGGGGUGGAUUAUAUGGUAAUGGCGUGAAAAUUGGUAAAUGGAUUGAAGUUGAUGAAAGAAGCGUGUUAAAUUAUAUUGUAACUUAUAGUGGAGAAUAUCGUAAUGAUAAAAAAGUAGGUUUAUGGACAACUUUAAACAAACAAAGUGGUAUUGAAUAAUUGUGGUAAUAAUAUAAUUAAUUUUAAUAUAUUAAGUGGUUCAGCUAAUUAUGAUGAUGAUGGUACAGAGAUUUUUAAAAAUGAUGAGUAAUUAUUGUUAUUAGAUAUUAAUAGAAAGUCAAAAAUUUUGUAUAUUGGAGAAUUUAGAAAUGGAAAAAAAGUAGGUAGAUGGGAUAUUUUAUCUUGGGAUUCGAAAAAUGCUAAUUUUGAGUAAAUGUAAGUAUCUAAAAUUUUAAUUUUUUAGUGGAGGUGGUUUAUAUGAUGAAUAAGGAAGUGGGAAUAAGAUUGGAAAUUGGAUUGAAUUUAAAAAAGGCUAUAAAAAUAAUUCAUAAAUCACUUUUAAUGGUGAAUAUAAUAAUGGUAAAAAGGUUGGUUUAUGGAAAACGUAUAAAAAACGAAAAAAUUUGAAAAUAUACAAUUAAAUAUUUCAAUUAUGGUAAUCAAUAUUAUUUAUCAUUUAGUGGCUGUAGUAAUUAUGAUGAAAAUGGUAUAGAACUUUAUACAAGUGAUAAGUAAAAAUUAUUUUUAGUUGUGAUUAGAAAUUUAAAUAUUUUCUACCUGGGAGAAUUUAUGAAUGGGAAAAAGAUUGGAAGAUGGGGUAUUUAUAAUAGAUGGAAUAAGAAAUAAGAUUUUUAUAAGAUGUAGAAUAAUAAAAAUGAUAAUUUAUAUUUUUUAUAGUGGUGGUGGGUCAUAUGAUGAAAAAGGUGAUGGCAAUAAACAUGGGAAAUGGAUUGAAUUAAGUAAUUAAUUCGGAUUUUACAGAAACUUAAUUUAUUGGGGAGAAUAUAAAAAUGGAAUAAAAGUUGGGGGGUGGGAUAUUGGGUAUAAAGGUAAGCUUGAAAAGGUUUAUAAAAAGAUGUAACAUAUUUGAAAAAUAUUAUAUUGUAUUAGUGGUGGUGGAACAUAUGCUAAUGGAAUGAAAAUAGGUAAAUGGAUUGAAUUGAAUGAGUAAUAUUAAGAAAAAACAAAGAGCUAAUACUAUUAAUGUCAUGAUGUUUUUGAGAUUUAUUAAGGAAAUUAUAAAUUUGGUAAAAAAUUUGGGUUAUGGGAAACAUUUAAAAAUUAGAAUUAAAUAAUUAAUUUUUAUAUAUUAAGUGGUUCAGCAAAUUAUGAUGAAGAUGGUACAGAGAUUUUUAAAAAUGAUGAGUAAUUAUUGUUAUUAGAUAUUAUUAGAAAGUCUAAUUUUUUGAAAUUAGGAGAAUUUAGAAAUGGAAAAAAAGUAGGUAGAUGGAUUAUCUUUUUUAGACCUUAUAAUAAUGAUAAGUUUUAAUUAAUGUAAAUAUAAUAAAAUAAAAUAUUUUAUUUAGUGGUGGUGGAUUUUAUGAUACUGAAUGUGAAGGCUGUAAAAUUGGAAAUUGGAUAGAAUUGAGUGAUGAAUGUUAAAAAAGUACAAAUAGCACAAAAUACCAAAUUUGUCAAGGGGAUUAUAAAUUUUAUAAAAAAAUUGGCUUAUGGAAAAAAUUCAAUGUUAUUGAUAAAAAUGUUUAAUUGUGGUAAUAAAAUAAUUAAUUUUAAUAUAUUAAGUGGUUCAGCUAAUUAUGAUGAAAAUGGUACAGAGAUUUUUUAAAAUGAUGAGUAAUUAUUGUUAUUAAAUAUUAUUAGAGCUUCUAAAAUUUUGUAUAUUGGAGAAUUUAGAAAUAGAAAAAAAGUAGGUAGAUGGGAUAUUUUGUUUGGAAGAUCUUUUGAAGAGUUUAUAAAAAUGUAAUAUAUGAAAUCUUAUGUAAAAACUUUAGUGGUGGCGGUUAAUAUGAUGAAGAUGGUAACUUUAAAAUUGGUCAGUGGAUUGAUUUGAUUGAUUCCUUUGGAUAAAAUCGAUAAGUCAUUUAUAAAGGUGAGUAUUAAUGUGGUGAAAAAGUUGGAAAAUGGAAUAUUGUAUAUGUACCGGUGGUUGGUAAAACACAUAAUAUAAUGUAAUUAUAAGCAAUUAUUGUAUAGUGGUGGUGGAUAGUACGAUAAUAGCAUUAAAAUUGGGAAGUGGACAGAUUUGAGUGAUUCUUUUACAUCUAAUAAUGCAAUUAUGUAUAAAGGAGAAUAUAAAAAUGGUAAUAAAGUAGGUCUUUGGGAUAUUUUGUUUGAUUGGAUGUAUUUUGAUAAAUUAAAGAUAAUGUAAGAUAUGAGAAAUUUUAUAUAUCUUUUAGUGGUGGUGGAUUUUAUGAUAAAGAAGGUUAUAGUAUAAAAAUAGGGUAGUGGAUGGAGUUAUCUGAAUAAUUUACUAAGUUUUCUUAAAUUAUGACAAUUGGUGAGUACAAGAAUGGUUGAA